AAGUGACGUCACUUCCGACCGGCCGUUCCGGGCGCGGUCCCGGUGUCUGGGGGUGGCGGGGUUGGAGCGGACGGACCGAGCAUGGCUGGAGCCACCACUAUCGAGGCGGUGAAGCGCAAGAUCCAGGUGCUGCAGCAGCAGGCGGACGAUGCGGAGGAGCGGGCGGAGCGGCUGCAGCGGGAGGUGGAAGCCGAGCGCCGCAACCGCGAGCAGGCUGAGGCAGAAGUGGCAUCUUUGAAUCGCCGUAUCCAGCUGGUAGAGGAAGAGUUGGACCGAGCUCAGGAGCGCCUUGCCACAGCUCUGCAGAAGCUGGAAGAGGCAGAAAAGGCGGCAGAUGAGAGCGAAAGAGGUAUGAAAGUAAUUGAAAACAGAGCUCUGAAGGAUGAGGAGAAGAUGGAACUGCAGGAGAUCCAGCUCAAGGAAGCCAAGCACAUUGCAGAGGAGGCGGACAGGAAGUAUGAGGAGGUUGCUCGGAAACUGGUGAUCAUUGAAGGAGAUCUGGAGCGUACCGAAGAGAGAGCUGAGCUUGCAGAGUCUCAUUGCCGGGAGCUGCAGGAGCAGAUCAGAGUGAUGGACCAGAACUUGAAGUGUCUGUCUGUUGCCGAAGAAAAGUACUCUCAAAAAGAGGAUAAAUAUGAAGAAGAGAUCAAGAUUCUGACUGAUAAACUCAAAGAGGCGGAGACCCGUGCUGAAUUUGCUGAACGCUCUGUUGCCAAGCUGGAGAAGACCAUUGAUGAUCUGGAAGAUGAGCUCUAUGCCCAGAAACUGAAGUACAAAGCAAUUAGUGAGGAACUGGACCACGCCCUGAAUGACAUGACUUCCAUCAUUGUUUCAGCAUUGCCUUUAAACCAGUGUCACCCUCGGUGGAACACAGACCUCGCUAGCACGCUGGAUUUUUCUUUGAGUGCCCGAAGAGCCCUUCGUGAGCAGAUUUCUGAUGAGAUGGGACACUUCCCGUGGCUUUCUCAGCCUGUCUGUCCAGCGUCCCACCGUGUGGAUGUCUCCAGUGAUGUGGGUGGGCUCACCUAUGGAGUAAAGCCUACUUAGAGCACUAGCUGCUGAUCUGCUCUCCUCCUGCCUUAAGGAACAUAUAAACUGAAAUCCACCAAAGAGGAGCAUCUGUGCACGCAAAGAAUGCUGGACCAGACCCUGCUAGACCUGAACGAGAUGUAAUGGAUCCCUGCCACUGCCUUCGCCACGUGGUGCCAGCUCAGCUGCUGCUGCCCUCUAACCCUGGGACCAGAGUUUACUUUCUGUUGCCAACUUGACCAAACACAAAUCUUUGUUCCAGGGUUAAAGGCCACCAGGUUGGGCAGAGCUUCAAACAGCAUCAGUAAGGGAAAUAAACAAUGCAAUAAUGUUUGGAGAGCAUGUUGGAGUAUACAGUUUGUAACUACCUUUUUUUGUAGCAACCAUUACAAACAUUCCAAAUAACGUGUGAGGCUGAUGAGCUAUACUUCAAAGCUCUUGGUUUUAAAAUUUGGUAUUAACCUUCUGUUAAUUGGCUCUGGGCCACCCUGCUUUGGCAGGGCAGGAAAUGGAUAUGAUGGUUCUGGCUGCAAGUCAGAGUAGUCAGGCUAGGGAUGAAAGCCAGUUGGGAAAUCUUCCUUUCCAGGAGCUGUUUGCCAAAAGCACAGUUCAGUUUUUCAGCUUUAAGGUAACUCUGUGAUGGGAAGGAACAACUUGGGUGAAAGGCAUCUUUUUGGGGGGGUUUGGUUUGGUUUUUUUUAAGCCAAGCCAGUCAUCUGAACAAUUGAACCAAUUGAACCUUCACAGGGAUUGUGUCCCUUCCCCUCCACACCUGAAGAGCUUGGAGAAGCCACUGUCCAUGUAACCCAUUGCUACCCUGGGGCUGACUUUGCCUUCACUAAAUGCUGAUGCACCAAGCUUCCCUGCUCAUCACCGGGUUACACUUAAUAGCUUAAGUACAACAGCCUUGUAUUCUUGGAGAAGUGUUUUUGCCUACCUGGAGGGAGGGAACCAAGCCUUCCCUCCUGCCCAGGACUGCUCUUACUGUCUUAAUUGAGUACAAGCCAUCUUGCUGUGCAUUGCUGAUGUAUUGUGGUUGUGAGGCGUGAGCGUGGCAAUGUCACACUUACAGUGUGUAGCUUGUGGUUUGAGCAUGCUGCUUGGUUGUAGCAGUUUUGGGGGCCAAUCUGGAGACAAAAACCCUAUCCAGUGUUUUGAUACUAAAUUGAAAAAAUGUGUUACUGUCUUUUGAAAUAAAAACUGAUCCCUCCACA